AUGGUCCUCCAGGAUCUCGGGCGGCGCAUCAACGCCGCCGUCAAUGACCUGACCCGGUCCAACAAUUUGGACGAGAAGGCAUUCGAUGACAUGAUUAAAGAAAUUUGCUCUGCCCUACUAUCAGCCGACGUCAACGUCCGCCUCGUCCAGUCGCUGCGCAAAUCCAUCAAGUCCAGCGUGAACUUUGCCUCCCUCCCACCAGCCGUCAACAAGAAGCGAUUAAUCCAAAAGGCCGUCUUCGAUGAACUGACUGCCCUGGUCGACCCGCACGCCGAACCCUUCCGCCCCAAGAAAGGCCGCUCGAAUGUGAUCAUGUUUGUCGGAUUGCAGGGUGCCGGAAAGACGACUACCUGUACCAAGCUGGCCCGGCAUUACCAGAUGCGUGGGUUUAAGACGGCGCUUGUCUGUGCGGAUACCUUCCGUGCGGGUGCUUUUGAUCAGUUGAAGCAGAACGCGACCAAGGCCAAGAUUCCGUACUAUGGUAGUUUGACGCAGACGGACCCCGCGGUUGUGGCGGCGGAGGGUGUGUCCAAGUUCAAGAAGGAGCGGUUUGAGAUUAUCAUUGUUGAUACAAGUGGUCGCCACAGGCAGGAGGAGGAGCUGUUUGCUGAGAUGACUCAGAUUCAGACGGCCGUGACUCCCGACCAGACUAUUCUCGUGCUGGACAGCACUAUCGGUCAGGCCGCGGAAGCGCAGUCGGCUGCGUUUAAGGCGACGGCGGACUUUGGUGCUAUCAUUAUCACCAAGACGGAUGGACAUGCGGCUGGUGGCGGUGCAAUCUCCGCCGUUGCAGCGACACACACGCCCAUCAUCUACCUUGGUACAGGUGAGCACCUCAUGGACCUCGAACGCUUCGAGCCCAAAGCCUUCAUCCAGAAACUCCUCGGAAUGGGCGAUGUCGCCGGCCUCGUCGAACAUGUCCAAGCCGUAACCAAGGACUCCGCCGGCGCGAAGGAAACCUACAAACACAUCUCGGAAGGAAUCUACACCCUCCGCGACUUCCGCGAAAAUAUCACCUCGAUCAUGAAAAUGGGCCCUCUCUCCAAACUCUCCGGCAUGAUCCCGGGCCUGUCAAACCUAACCGCCGGCCUCGAUGACGAAGACGGCUCCCUCAAACUCCGCCGCAUGAUCUACAUCUUCGACUCCAUGACGACGGCCGAACUCGAUGGCGACGGCAAGAACUUCGUCGACCAGCCCACCCGCAUGGUCCGCAUCGCCUGCGGAAGCGGUACGACAGUCCGCGAAGUCGAAGACCUGCUUUCGCAGCACCGCAUGAUGGCCGGUAUGGCGAAGAAGGUCGGCGGACAGAAGAAGCAGAUGCAGCGCGCGCAGAACAUGCUCAAGGGUGGGAAUAAGGACCAGCAGCUGGCUGCUAUGCAGAAGCGCAUGGCCAGCAUGGGUGGUGCGGGCGGUGGAUUGCCCGGGAUGGGCGGGAUGCCCGGGAUGGGGGAUAUGGCGAAGAUGAUGCAGAUGAUGGGAGGCCAGGGCGGCGGUGGUGGGUUGCCGGGACUUGGGGGGAUGGAUUUGCAGAGUAUGAUGAGCCAGAUGAGUGGGUUGAUGGGUGGUGGUGGUGGACGGGGGAGGGGACGGUGA